CUGCUGCCGCUUUGACACUGAUUAUUUUGGUAUCCCCGAGAACAUACCGUAAAAGCUUGUGUCACUUCUAAAUAGAUAGUGGGAUAGCGAGUGCUCAGUGUCCUAACAAGGCGUACUGUCAGCCAGACUUUGCUCAGAGAACUGACAGGCACACACACACACACACACACACACACACACACAAGCCUCGAUAGCAGCCAUCACUACACAAGGUUGAUAAUAGAAAGUAGCUGUUGGCUAAUGUCGACGCUAGCUUAGCGUUAGCUACGUGGACACGGAUAGUUAACUCGUGUCACCUGCUCUGAUUAGGUGGAAACACAGCGAGGAAACUGUUGUCAUCGACUGUUUCGCAAGUGAAGAAGGUUGUCUGUGGAUAUUAACGCUGCUAAGGUUGUAUGCUGAGUGUUGCUGGCGACGGCGACAGACAGUGCCCGUCGGGUUGGCACUGGAGCGGGGAGCCGACAAUGAGAGCUCUGGCUCUGGGUGUUUGCUGGCCAGCGUAGAUGCCGAUAUGCCCCCGUGGUCCGCCUCCUGAUGGACCGAGACACCUUCUCCCACAUCCGCCUGUGGUGCCCACGCCCCUUUGGCACCUACUCCCAGAACAAAGCUAGGAGUCCGGGCUCGGGGGGCAGCGGGGGAGGCGGCGGCGGUGGAUCGGGGUCCCCCUCCCUCUGCAAGGCUGAGCCCGCUGCAGGGGCCAGAAGGACUGUGGAUGGAAGUGAAGAUGGAGGGAUGAUAGUGGGUGCGCAGGAGGAGAAUGGAGAGGAGGAGGACGCGGGCUCGGAGAACACUCCACCCGAACCUGAGCUCGUCCCCGGCACCCUGACACAGAGCCAGGCCCCUCCGCCCUCUUCAGCCCCUCCCUCGCCACCCUCUUCCGGGUCCCAGAUGGAAGAUGGCCGCGUGCUGUUAGACACCUGGUAUGUCAUUAAGCCAGGCAACACCAAGGAGAAGAUCGCCUUCUUUGUUGCACACCAGUUCAGUGGAGCAGGCCAGCCCAGACCCAGCGCCAUGAAGGUUAAAGGUAACUGGGCGACUGACUGCAGUAAAGCCAAAAGACGGAGACGAUGCUCAUCCUAUGACCCUCCAACACGCUCCCAAGCCUCAGAGCUGAACCUCAGCCAUGACUGCCCCCUUGCACCUCCGAGCCCUGACGAGCCACCUCUAGGAGGGGUGAGUGAGACGGACCUGCUGUCGGUGGCAGAGAUGGUCGCCUUGGUUGAGCAGAGGACUGCCAUGGCCCUCCAGGGGAUUGUGGCUGUUCAACAGCACCAGUCCCCUAAUACCACUCACGGUCAGGACAUUACCCCGCACCAGCACACCCUUCUCCGGGGUACGGUGUCAGACCCCACUCCUAUCGUGUUUGUGUCAGACGGUUCAAAUGGACAGCCCUCCAAAGACGCCCAGGUGUCCUUAUCUCCCAUCCAGACAGACCAGGAGCUGGAGGAGCAGCAGGAGUCCUUGAGGGUGGCCCAGGCCAUAGCGCACUUUGAGUCCCAAAACCAGGAGAAUCGUCUCCAUCUGGGCGCCGGUCCUGAAACAGACUCUUCUAAUCGAGAUAGCGAGCGUCGGAAAGGAGGGGAGUCUGGCGUCGUUACCCCUCCGCCGCCCCCCAGUCACAGUCAUGGUGAGGUAAGAAUAGCUUUUCGAGUGUCAAAUCUGGAUCCACGAUCUCAGUUGGAGCCAGCUGGCAGGUCCCGCUGUAUGUUCAUGAGCUGUGGUGGGGGCGGUAACCAGGCGGCGGCCAGGGCCAAAGAGAAAAUCACCUGCGACCUCUACCAGCUUGUCAGCCCCUCAUCUAGAGACCCUGGUAGUUUGCUGCUUGCUGCCACAACUGCUGCCCCCAAACCAGAUGGAGACCUCCAUCACCCAGACAGGCAGGCCUGUGGCAGCCCGGACCCGACCCAGGAGGAGAAGAAAGCUGCGGGUAUGGGGAGGGAGAGAGUGACUGGCUUCCAUGUGGAGGUGGUAGUGACAGGUGCUGUGGACCAAUGUGUGUUUUAUGGCAAGGACAGUACAGAGAAUGUGCAGGAGGAGACGGUGUGCUUCGCUAUGCCUAGUGGGGGGGGCGGAGGUGUAGGCAGCUCCACUGACCCUUCAUCAGAUGAUCCCCCUCCCGGACAACUCUUCUUCCUUCAGCCCCCUCGGGGCCAAGAGGAGGAUAUAAAAGGAAGUGGCGCUGGCAGCGGGUCAGGAAUUUGCUCUCUGGACUGUGCGAACAACAACGGCCCUGGGGCCGGGGGGGCGGUGGGCUCAGGGGAGCGACCAGAUUCUCCAGGCCUCGGGGAGGACUGUUCGGACCCUUCGCUGUGUCGCCUCUACCGCCACGUGUCCCAUGACUUUCUGGAGAUCCGCUUUCAAAUUCAGCGCCUCCUUGAGCCGCGCCAGUACAUGCUGCUGCUGCCGGACCACAUCAUGGUCAACAUCUUCAGCUACCUGCCGACGCGCUCACUGGCAGCCCUCAAGUGCACCUGCCACUACUUCAAGGUGCUGAUUGAGACUUAUGGGGUGCGGGCGGUGGACUCGCGCUGGAAUCAAGAUCCUCUCUACAGGGAGGACCCCUGCAAGCAGUGUAAGCGGCAAUAUGAGCGCGGGGAUGUUUCCCUGUGCCGUUGGCACCCCAAACCUUACCACCACGACCUGCCUUAUGGACGUUCCUACUGGAUGUGCUGCCGGCGUACAGACAAAGACACACCGGGCUGCCGUGUUGGGCUCCAUGAUAACAACUGGGUCCAGCAGCCUGCUGAUGGCUCUCAACCCAUUCGCACCAAGAGGGAGGACAGGAGGGAGGAGGCCAGGUAGAGAGGGAGGGAAGAGUACGCCUCACACAUCCCAACUCUCACCUCCUCCUGCUCACCUCCUUCUUGCUCCUUCUCUGUUCAGAGAGCGAACGGGUGGAAAGAGGAUUAUAAAAAAGGAGGAAUCAGCACUCCAGGACUACUUGUUUUUCUUUGCUCCAGCACUCCUCGCUCGUACUCGGGAAGUUGAGAGGUAAAGAAGGAAGAGAGGUGUGUCACUCUCCUUGCCUUUUUCGUUUCAAGCCCUCCAGAAUCCCUCUCUCUCCCCCCCCCAUUGUGCUCCAGAGUGGCACCUUUUUAAAGAUAAGUUUGCAUACCAGGGUUGGGGUCCCCUCCUGCUGCUGACAGUCAGCCCUCCUUCUGCCUCUUACUCAUUUGCGUUUCUGUCUAACUCCAUACAUGGCUGUUGGGUCAUGUGAAAACCUUGCGGUGUAUUUGAUUGAGAUUAGCAUUCAUAAAGUGACGCAUAGAAAUGUAUUGCCCUAGAGCCUGCUUACUGUCCCCGAUACUUGUUGUGUGUUGUGUGUUGUAUCACAAACUCCCAUGUUAGCUGUACAAUGGUGCUUCAAGGAAUGAGCUGUACCCGGUCCAACAGAUGUUAAAGCUUUCAGUGGUGGAAUGUACAGCAUUGCUAUAGAAAUGUGAUUGUAUAAAGCAAACUUGAUUUUCCGUUGUACAAGAUGCCAUUUGUACCUGUCCUGCGCCAUGCGUUUCUACUUCUCUGAAUGUGCUGUAACGUUGUACUAUGUUUGAAUUGUCCCCUGAUAAUGCUGCUGAAAUCAUUGCCUGUGUCACGGACGUUAAUUCUGAAGAUAGCCAUAUCAUUGGUUUAUGACAGGCACAGAGACCUGCUCUCAUUGUUUCAGAGUGGACCCUAACCUUGCUGACCCGCCAUAAAGAGGAGCCACUGAGUACUUCCUGGUUUACAGAGAAUUGUGGGAGAUGGACUUUAUUGAUUUUAAGACCAGUGGGAUUGAAUGGGAUUAAAAAGAGAAACUUGAUGUCACUUUGGAAAGGCCUGAAUGUCACUUUGUAUGGUUUGAUUGGUGUGUGUGUGUGUGUGUGUGUGAGUGUGUCAGAGAAUGUUUGCUGUUGUAUUUGCUUUUAUUCUUGAGGACUGUGUUCUCCCUGUAUCGGUCUGUCGCCCUACUCAACCUGCAAAGAUGUAUUUUUUAAAUACUCCAUCUUUGUUUUAACCCCCUCAGCUCUUCCUCUUCCUCUUCCUCCUCCCCUCAAAUGUGGCAGAGGGCAGUGUUUGCCAAAGCCGUCAUUCAUGCUUCGAAGCGGGUGAAACCAACUACCACAGAAACUCUCUACACCAGCUUCCAGCCUUAAAAAGCCCCCCUACCUCUUCCCCACCCUGCAGGAGAUUGAGGCGUCAGAAACCUCACAGAUGAUGAAGAGUAUUGGGAGGUGCACAGGACCCUGUAGGCGGCUAGAUUUCAGAUGCUCGAUAGACUCCAUCCAGCUCUACUGGAUCCACCCAUGACUCUUUGUGUGGGAGAGUAAGAAGAACAGUGCCUGGUGACGCCCCUCUCUCUUCUCCUCCUCCCCCCCCCCUCUCCCCUCUCCCCCUUGCUGUUAAACUCCCCCCACCCCUGCAAGCUGACAGACUGGACGUUAAAGAACUUUUAUGAUGAAUGAUGAAAGUGCAUGGAGGUGGAAGAUGGUUGGGUAUUCAUGGGAGAACUCUGUAGGUUCCAGACGUGUACAAUGCUAAUGGGAAAUAUCUGCUUAAAUAAAAACAGAAGUGAUGAUUAAAACUGGAAAUCUGAAUCGCUA